AUUGUCAAAUAUGUCAAUUUCAAUUUGAAAUUUUCAAUACUACAAAGAUAAAUAUUAAGUAACCUUAAAAUUAUUUGGAUUAAUGAAUUAACUGGAAUUAAUAAACGAGUACAAUGUCCAAGAUAACAACAUUAAUAAAUUUUCUUUCUAAAAGAUCGAUUUCGGUAACCACACCUAGAGAAGGUAAGAGAAAUUUUCGAAAAUUCGUGAUUCCAAAUAAAAGGGGCUCGCGACUCCACAAACAGAGGCAGACUACACCGCAGGCGGAAUUUGAAAUAGAUAACCGUGGAGUCCGCAGUACAGGAUAUUAUAUGGGCGAGCAAUUUAUUAAAGUUCCCGAAAUGAUACCAGAGCUUAUUGUGCCAGAUCUAAAAGAUUGUAAUUUAAAACCCUAUGUUACAUAUAAAGCAGAUAAUGUCAUACAAAGUGAGUUUACAGCACAACAAUUGUUUGACGCCGUAUACAGUAAAAAAGUUGUCACAGAUUUUAAACAAGGCAAAUUAGAUGCAGAUGGAAUGCCACUUGAGCCAUCCGAGGAAGAGAAACUCCAACCAGAAGAAGCUGUUGCAAGAGCAAAGAAAACUGGAUCAGACAUAUUUUAGUGUCUUAUACACAUUUUAAGUUUAAGUAGUUAAGAACAUUGCAUAGUUACAUUAAAUAUUUAUUAUAGUUA